AAACAAUAAGUAGCUUUUCCCUAUGCAACAAAUUAGUAAGAUUCCACUCUUUCACUCUUAUUCACUUAGCAAUAUACAUCUAUACAGUAUAUAACAUAAACUGGUGAUGUACAAUUUACAAAACCUUUGACAAAUCCAAAAAACCAAAUCUUUCUCAAAUUUCUCUCAAAGUUUCAGUAAUCCAUCACUCAUAUCACCAUGUUAUCGGCCAAAGAAUUUCCCUCCCCAUCAUCAGUGUUCUCUGCGUAUGCUUCCAUGGCCGCUUCAAUGAUGCUAUUUCGUUCCAUGGCCAAUGAACUCGUACCCCAUCCCAUCCGUGGCUAUCUCUUAUCCACUUUCCGCCACUUGUUCAAGUUUCACACACCCAAACUCACACUCGUCAUAGAAGAAUCCACCGGCAUGACUCGCAACCAAGUCUACGAAGCCGCUGCUGUUUAUCUCUGCACCAAAAUCAGUCCCGACACUGAAAGAUUGAAGAUCAGUAUGGGUCCGAAGGAAAAGCAUUUGACCAUUCGGCUUGACAAGGGUGAGAAAUUGGUCGAUUUCUAUGAUGGGGUUGAGCUUCAAUGGAGGUUGGUCUAUUCGGAGCCUGAAAAGAACAACCCAAAUGAUCCUUUCUUUCCGAGAUCCGAGAAAAGGUUUUUUGAGCUCAGCUUUCACAAGAAAUAUCAAGAAAAAGUUUUGAAGUCUUAUGUGCCUCAUAUUCUUGAGAAAGCCAAAGAAAUUAAAGAGCAGGAAAGGGACUUGAAGAUGUACACGCUGAACAGUAACAACCAUGGCUGUAAUGGGGUUAAUUGGGCUUCUGUAAAUCUGGAACACCCUGCGACUUUUGAGACCUUGGCUAUGGAUCCGGAUCUGAAGAAUACAGUAAUGGAGGAUCUUAAUAGGUUUGUGAGGAGGAAAGAGUUUUAUAAAAAAGUUGGGAGGGCUUGGAAACGUGGGUAUUUGUUGUAUGGUCCUCCAGGGACUGGAAAAUCGAGUUUGGUCGCGGCCAUGGCUAAUUACCUUAAGUUUGAUAUAUAUGAUUUGCAGCUUGCAAAUAUUUACAGAGACUCGGAGCUAAGAAAGUUGCUCCUGGCUACAGCAAACAGGUCCAUUCUUGUCAUUGAAGACAUUGAUUGUAGUGUGGAAAUCCCUGAUCGUAGAAAUUAUUAUGGAGAUGGACGGGAUCAAAUUGAUCAACAGGACAACAAUAUACGUCCUUCUUUGACUUUGUCUGGACUGCUAAACUUCAUAGAUGGUUUAUGGUCUACUUGUGGAGAUGAGAGAAUCAUCAUAUUCACGACUAAUCACAAGGACAGAUUGGACCCUGCUCUUCUCCGUCCUGGUCGAAUGGACAUGCAUAUUCACAUGUCCUAUUGUACCUACCAUGGAUUCAAGCUUUUGGCCUCCAAUUACUUAGGCGUCAAUGGACACCACAAGCUGUUUGCAGAGAUUGAGAGCUUAUUCAAAGAGACAGAGGUCACUCCCGCACAAGUGGCAGAAGAGAUGAUGAAGAGUGAAGAUGUUGAUUUUGCACUUGAAGGAAUUGUUAAGCUUCUUAAGAGGAAGAAAAUGGAAGAUGAUGAAUCAGAUGAAGGUAAUAAAGCUGAUAACAAUGUUGGAAUUAAAGGGCCAAAACGGCAGAAAAAGGUCAACCAGUUAAGUGAAUCUCCAAGGAAUACCAGAAGAAAUAGCAAAAGAAGUAGAAGGGUAACUUUGUAAUCAGCUGCACUUUUUAUGGGACAAAGAAGCCGAUAUAUAGAAAGUCCUGAAGCUAGAUUUUGCUCGACUCUGGCAAAAUGUUAUUGGCGUUUUCAGACUACCGUGGGCCAGACAAAACCCCAGGCCACAAGUUAUUGUACUUGUCCUACCUGCCAAGCUUGAUAGAUGGUCUUUUUUGUAAACAUUGGGCUUGGGGCUAACUUUUUUUUUUUUUUUUUUUUGUCUUGCUUUUCUUAUAUUGGUCAUCAAAGUAAAAGUUCGAUUCCAGUCGACAAGAAAAGGCACAUGUAAACAGAAUUCGGGAACUAAAUUUCUUUGGAUUAUGCGCUAAGGACAAAGAAGGCCGAAAAAUAAACAAAUAGUUACUGCUACCGUCCA